AGUUCAGAUGGAACACUCCAGAUCCCUGUCUUUUACCAGCGCAAUUCCUUGGCGAUCAAUGCGACAGUGUGCAGAGUUGAAGAAUUUGAACAAAUGUGGAGCGUGAAUUUCAAAUACCGCACUACUUUGGUCCAGAAAGUUUCAACAGCAGAAGAAGACCAUGGUUGGAUAGUGGCUGAAGUCUCUCGAAACUACUUGGAGCUAGAUGAUGCAUUUGGCCGCAUUCCUGAAGUUGAUGCUCAAGAAGAAUCCUGCGUAAUCCUCACAAUUCUCUCUGAGCGGAAUGAAAACCUUGAAAGUUUUGGUGGUCUGCUAGGUGAUGGUGGAGUGCAAGUUGAACUAGACUAUGAACCUGGAACGCCUGUGGAUGAUCGAGUGGCAGCUGAAUUUGCAGCAGCCGAGAUGGAUGCAGAAGAGCGAGGUGAAGAAAUUGUUGGAAGAGAUAUCCCAGAGUUUCAGCAGGUUGCACCAGCUUUACGUGAAGAUAUUGCAGAUGAAAAUCAAGUGAUUGUUGGUGACCUUGUGAUCACUCCUAACAGUUCAGUCGUGACUCUGAGAGAGACAGCAAAGUAUUUGAAAUUUUUAGCUUCUGGCAGCAAAACCAAAAUCUUUAGGCAGUCCCAAAAAACAGAUGAGCGUUGGGAUCCUGAGAUGAUUCUAGCAAUGCAGGUAGGACCAUGGGAUAUGAAGCGUGGAAUUCAUACCCAAGUUCAACCUGAACUUCCUCUUCCUCAACCUGUUCCAAGAGUUGUUGUACCUCCUGGUCAAGUUGAACCAGAACUUGAUGUUGAUGCUGCCGGCGUGAUCAAGUAUGCCAAAGAGAACCCAUUAGAAGACCUUGAUGAAGGUGAACAGCUUGAUGCAGCUGGAGAAUCAAAGGCAGGCGGGGCAGCACAACAUGAUGGAGUUGUUGUGGAUUCAGUUUUUGAUGAUGAUUUGAUUGAACAGCAAGAGCGUGAGAGAAAGGAGUCUGAGAAGAGGAAAUCAACCAGUUCAUUGCGUUUGCCGGUUUCAGUAAAACAAAGAAUUCAAGAAGCAGAAGCAACAAAGCGACCUCAAGAAGAAGGACAUGAAAGUGCUGCGAAGUUGGUUCGAUUUCGAGAUCUUGUCUCCCCUUGUCUCCCAGUGUACCCCUUCUUGUUUCCCUUUGUUGGAUGGUGUGUCCGCCUUCCGGAGGGUCUUGUCUCCCUUUGUGUACCAUUGUACCCCUUCUUGAUGCCCUUUGUUGGAUGGUGUGCCCGCCUUCCCCAGGGUCUGGUCCCCCUUUGUCUCCCAUUGUACCCCUUCUUGUUUUCCCCCUGUUGGAUGGUGUGCCCGCCUUGCCGAGGGUCUUGUCUCCCUUUGUCUCCCAUUGUACCCCUUCUUGUUUCCCUUUGUUGGAUGGUGUGUCCGCUUUCCCAGGCUCUUGUCUCCCCUCGUCUGGGAUUGUACCCCGUACCUCUUCCUGUUUCCCCUUGUUGGAUGGUGUGCGCCUUUCCGAGGGUCUUGUCUCCCCUUGUCUGCGGUUGCACACCUUCUUGUUUCCCUUUGUUGGAUGGCGCGUCCCCCUUUCCGAGGGUCUUGUCUCCCUUUGUCUCCCAUUGUACCCCUUCUUGUUUGCCUUUGUUGGAUGGUGUGUCCCCCCUACGGAGGGUCUUGUCGCGCUUUGUCUCAUAUUGUACCCCUUCUUCUUUUCCCUUGUUGGAUGGUGCGUCCGCCUUCCCGAGGGUCUUGUCUCCCUUUGUCUCCCAUUAUACCCCUUCUUGUUUCCUUUUUGCCGAGGGUCUUGUCUCCCUCUGUCUCCCACUGUACCCCUUCUUGUUUCCUUUUGUUGGAUGGUGUGUCCGUCUUCCCGAGCAUCUUGUCUCCCCUUCUCCCCACAUUAUCUCCCUUCUUGUUCUCCAAACAGUGUACUGCUCUAGGGGUUCUCAACGCAUUCUUAAGGUGUCCAGCUUGGUCUUGUCUCAUCUUGUCUCCCUUUGUCUCCCAGUCUCCCUUCUUGUUUCCUUUUUGUUGGUUGGUGUGUCCGCCUUCCCGGCCCUUGUCUCCACUUGUCUCCCGUUGUCUCCCCACAUGUGUGCCUGUGUUGGAUGA